UGCUGACUGCAUCCUGUUUCUAUCUGCCACGAUGCCGAUGCGACUGUUUGUGCUUCUCUUUCUGGCAGGGCAUGUGUUUGCCAAAGAACCGCCUGAUGUGGACUGUUUGGUGAUUCAUCUGAAAUAUGUUCACUGUUCCUGGAAUAAGCAGGGGACUCCAGAAGUCAAUUACACCUUCUUCGCCGGGUUCUCCGGACAACCUGUCAGUGAAUGCCCCACCUAUCUGUCAGAGAACAACACAAACACUGGAUGUAACCACCCCCAUGGUGAUCGUCUCAACAAGUUCUCAGCAUUUUACACUAAACUGGUGCAUGGAAACCAGAGUCGUCAACAGGAGCAUAAACUUAAAGAUAAAGUCAAGUUAAAUCCACCAACCAACCUGACUGUCCACUAUGGAUCUGACUCCAACCUGUGGUUCAGCUGGGAACAGGACUUUUCCAGCUGUGUAAAGAGUGAGGUUCGCUACAGGAUCAACAAAAAGAAGUGGGCCCCGAUUUCUCAAAUCCGUCCUGGGGUGAAGACUUACUGCAUCAACUUGCCCUCCGACAGUUCCCUGUAUGAGAUGCAGGUGCGCAGCAAAUUUGAUUUCAGCUGUGGAGACUCUAUAUACUGGAGUGACUGGACUUCACCUGUUUCCUGGGGAUCCAACAACAGCACGGAAACGAAUCAAAAGGACAGUUCGAUGUCUGUGUGGACCACAGUGCUUUACGUGUUGGGUGCUUUCCUUCUCAUCCUACUGGUCAUGUUGUUGCUGCACCAUGAGAGAAUCAGAAUCAUCUUCAUCCCUGUCGUUCCAAAGCCAUCAAAGAAUUUUGACAACGUUGAGGUUUGGCCCAAAUUACACAAAGGCCUGAAAGAGAGCAUUAACUACAACGAGCGUCCCUGCACUGUCCGUGAGUACUGCCAUGUCCCCCAGUCAGACAGCGACAGCUCUGACUGCUCCACCUGCUCUGUCACCACCGACCAAACCGACUGCUCCAUCAAUAUCCCUGUGAACAAAUUGGACCCGUCUACGCCCUGCUCCUCUUCCACCUCCACAGUCUCGUCAGGUGAGACUGACGAGGAGAAGCAGAUUUGUGUUUAGGAAACAUCUCAGUUAGUGUUGGGUUUCCAGAAACAUUACAAUCCAGAUUGUUUUAUACUUACACAUCUCCUGCAUGACCGCAUGGAUGACAAAAUGGAUAAAUUAUGUUUUCUUCCCCUUAUGAGAAGAAACCAGAUAUCUGAUUUAGGCACUGAUUGAAGCAAUUGAUUCAAUUUAAUUUCAAGUUAUUAGUGUUUCAGAAUACCAACAACCUGAUUAAAAAUUCUGAUCCUAUUUGCUUAUUUUACCACAAAUAAUGACCUCUGAACACCUUCAUUUAUGUAUAACUUUUCAUUAGUGAUAUGCAGCAAAGAAAAACCAAAAAGCCAUAACUGAAUUUCUGGAAUUAUUUUAUGCUGUUGUAAUAUAUAGGCUAAAGGAAAACUAUGCUAGUAGUUUAGUUAUGGAAUUCUAGCCGUAAUGACAAAUAUACAGCUUUGAUUUAAAGGAGUAUAUUGAUUGUAAGGAACAAAACAUUUACUGUGAACAAGCCUCAUGCAUACUCAGAAGCACAUUAUGCAUAUAUAAUUUCAGGGGGCCAAAUAAUUUUAUCAGGGAGAACAUGGCCCCUGUGGACAGAAGUGGUAGUUUUUCAUGAACACAACCAAUGGAAUUGAUGUAGCUAGUGCUUGCAUUUGUUCUGUCAUUGAGUGAAAGAAAGUUGCAACUUGCUUAAGCAUUGCUGUCAGUUUAAUAACAUUGAAGUCUUAAAAAUGUCAGCAUCUAUCAUUAUUUCUUCUAAAAUAUUUAUUUCCAAAAUGAUUAUUAUGACAGUAUUACAUAUGACUGAGCCUCAUCAUUGUGUUUGUUUUGUUGGAAUGUAAAAAAGUCAAAUUACCACUUUCUAUUAAGGCACUCUUCACAAAAGAUUUAUAAGAUGUAAUUUAUGUAUAGUUAAAAAUCAUAACUUACCUAUGGUGUAUCUGCAACUUUUGGGUUGUAAAGUCUAAAGAAUACCUUUGAUCUCCUCUAACACAAAAAAAUAGCUGUCUCUAACAAUUUAAUGAUGAUGGAUUAUUGUAAAAACCCUUACUUACUGGCGUAAUAAUCUUUUUAAUUGCAAACUUGAUACAUUAUUAGAAAGUCAGAAACCAUCAGCAUACUCAGAUUAUUACCUAGAUUAUAAAUAAUUAAAUCUAUAAACCCUAAUAAAUGGUGCCUUAUUAGAAAGUGGGACCAUACUAUUACGAUAACAAGAUGAUAUAGUAUUGUGUAGUUUUUCAUUUGUGCUCAGCAUCAUAAUCUUUAUAUUAUAUUCCUUUAAUUUUGAAUGUUACUUAUCUUAAUAUCUUUGAAUGUGAUAUUUCCAUGUGGUUGGAUGCUUUGUCACCAAUAUGUAUAUUUUAGCAUUUGUGUCCUAUAUUCAGUAUAUAUGUCAUGAUCUGUUUGUUUGUUUGUUUGUUUGUUUUUCCAUAUUUUAGAAAACAAAUGUAGGGGAACAUAUAUAUUUUAAGUAUUUUUUUGCUUGGAGUUGACGCAUAUCUUCUUGUGAAUGUUGAUUUUCCCAGUAAUAAAACAAUUUGUAGAAAUAAA